AAGAAGGGUGGAAGGUUUGCACUUACCAUGGCUCCGGGACCUGCCGCCCUAUUCAUCUUGACCCUGCUCAUCAAAGGCCUGAUCACUCAUGCUGAUGACACCUGCCCAGAAGUGAAAGUCCUGGAUCUGGAUGGUUCCAACAAGCUCACCAUCCUUCGAGGCUGCCCUGGCGGGCCCGGAGCCCUGGGGCCCAAGGGAGAAGCAGGGGCCAAAGGAGAUAAAGGAGAGAACGGCCUCCCUGGACACCCUGGAAAGGCAGGACCGACUGGACCCAAAGGAGACCGAGGAGAGAAAGGAGUACAAGGAGAGAAGGGAGUACGUGGAGAGAAGGGAGUACGUGGAGAGAAAGGAGACACCGGGCCAUUUCAGUCGUGUGCUACAGGACCUCGGGCCUGCAAGGAAAUGCUCACCCGGGGCCACUUUCUUACUGGUUGGUAUACCAUCUACUUGCCGGAUUGCAGGCCCCUGACUGUGCUGUGUGACAUGGACACGGAUGGUGGGGGCUGGACCGUCUUCCAGAGGAGGCUCGAUGGCUCUGUGGACUUCUUUCGGGACUGGGCCUCAUACAAGCGCGGCUUCGGCAGUCAGCUGGGGGAGUUCUGGCUGGGAAAUGACAACAUCCAUGCCCUAACCACCCAGGGAACCAGCGAGCUGCGAGUGGAUCUUACAGACUUCGAAGGCAAGCAUGACUUUGCCAAGUACAGCUCCUUCAAGAUCGAAGGAGAGGCUGAGAAAUACAAGCUCGUCCUGGGAAAUUUUGUUGGAGGCGGUGCUGGUGACUCCCUGACUUCCCAAAACAACCAAUUUUUCUCUACCAAAGACCAAGACAAUGACCCGAGUUCUUCCAACUGUGCGCUGCGUUACCAUGGAGCCUGGUGGUACAGUGAUUGUCACCGUUCCAACCUGAAUGGCCUCUACCUCAGGGGGCCCCAUAAGAGCUACGCAGAUGGUGUGAACUGGAGGUCAUGGGGAGGGUACAACUAUAGCUACAAGGUUUCUGAGAUGAAGGUGCGCCUCACCUAGCUCCCACCACAGGAAGGACUCCAUCUUCAUUACCAGCUGAGGAAGGAAUGUGCCCACCCUGCCCUGCUCUGCCCUUUUACCCACAGUCCACACAGCCCAUGACCUCCAGGACAGCCUUCCUCACAUACUUACAUUUUCAUUCCAAAGGAAAAAUUGCAUUUCCCAAAGCUGCUUGUUCUCUGACAGACAUGUGUCUGUGGGUUUUCUGUGUCACUUUUUAGUCUUUCGCCACAUCUGUAUCAUCCAGCAGAGCUGUCUAUGACCUUGACAGUCAGGAAGAGUUGGAAAGUCCAUUUAUAAAUGCAGACCAAUGCCUGCUUCCCUGGGGCCAUCUGCCUCUGACCCUCAGCUCUGUCACUACCAUAAGUGACCUGUCCCCAUCCCAGCCCCGUGUUCCCUUACAGAUCACUCACAGCAAUUUACAUGUCCAUCAAAAGGUCACCUGGGAUAUAGGAAAUGUUCAUAAGA